GAACAAAACAAGGUCGGUUACAAAGCACACAUCCACCGUGGCGCUCUCUCUGUAAUUCUUCCAAACUCUUUCAGUUUCAACUCUCUAAUCGAACAGCCGGAGGAGCUUAAACUCUUUUAUGCUCCCCGCUUUCUAUUUCCAAUUCUACUUCUAGGUUUUUGCGGAAUGGAGCGGAGCUAGAUUGAUAUUAUCGAUUAAUCAACAAGUUAGCAUACGACAGAGUGAUUUGCUGAGGUCCACUACAUGGCUGAAAUGGCCAAUAAUGCUCAAUAUUCUGGUGUACAGAUGCCUCAUCAACCUCCAAUAGCUGGUUCUAUGGAUCCUCCUCGAGGUUUUGUUCCACCCAUGCCACUUCAGUUCCGGCCUUUGGUUCCAGCACCGCAGCCACAACACUUUAUGCCAGUGGCUUCUCAGCAGUUUCAGCCUGUUGGACAAAGUGUUCCUGUAAUGAAUGCUGGAUUGCCAUCUCAAAUUCCACAGCCUCAGUUUCCGCCAUUGAUGCAACAGCUACCAGCAAGACCUGGCCCACCAGCGCCUAGCCAUCUUCCACCGCCACCACAGGCAAUAUCAUUGCCAAAUUCACAGCCAGGUCACAUCACAGCUGCAUCAUCACUACCCCAGCCUAAUGUGCAAGGUCCCAGUCUCUACCCACCUGGUUUGGGUGUCCUGGGAAGACCUCUCUCUGCAUCAUAUACUUUUGCACCAUCUUCAUAUGGUCAACCUCAAAUGACUGCUAAUGCUAGUGCUGGGACUCAGUAUCAGCCUCAGUCUCAAAUGCAUACUCCAAGUACUCCUGCUGGAGGACAAACAGGUGCAUCUGGUAGCCAGAGCAGUGUUUCUGUUGCACCUCUGCAGCAAGCUCGUGAACAACCUGUUGUUACCGCUGCCCCAGUACUGGCAUCUACUGUUCAACCUAAGCCUACUGAAGGAGCCCCAACAGAUUGGAUAGAGCAUUCUUCUGCUGAUGGGAGAAGAUAUUACUUCAACAAGAGGACAAGACAAUCUACUUGGGAGAAGCCUUUUGAAUUGAUGACACCUAUUGAGAGGGCAGAUGCAUCAACUGACUGGAAGGAAUUUACUAGUCCUGAUGGGAGAAAGUAUUACUAUAACAAAGUUACCAGGCAAUCAAAAUGGUCAAUACCAGAAGAGUUAAAGUUGGCCCGUGAACAAGCAGAAAAGCUUCCCAUCAAAGGAACAAUGUCAGAAGCAUCUGCUAAUUCCCAAGUACUAGCUUCUAUUCCUUCCUCUGUGGUUCAAGCAUCAUCUAGUGUCGAUACCUCUUCUUGCUCUGUUCAAGAGGUAGCAUCCAGCCCAGUGGCUGUUGCACCAGUUGUUGCUGUUGGUGACAUUCAACUUGCGACAGCAUCUGGAUCAUUGGCAUUAGCCAUUGUAGCUUCUCCUGUCUUAGCCAAUGAAGAUGGAGUUCAGACGACUAUAGAUUCUAUUGCACCAGUAACAGCUGCUUCUGGGAGUGAAGGAGUUUCUGUACCUGUCAAUACAAUUGUGGAAACAAUGAAUAAUUCCAGCAACUCGUCAGCUCAGGAUAUUGUUACUUCUGCAAAUGAAGGCCCUGCACAAGAUAAAGAAGAAACCAGGAAUGAUGUGGUGACAGGUGAAAAAGUUCAUGAUUCAUUGGAAGAGAAGACAGUUGAGCAGGAGCACUUAACUUAUGCCAACAAGCUGGAGGCUAAGAAUGCAUUUAAAGCACUUUUGGAGUCUGCAAAUGUUGGGUCUGACUGGACUUGGGAUCAGGCAAUGAGAGUAAUAAUUAACGACAAAAGAUAUGGUGCACUAAGAACACUUGGGGAGCGAAAGCAAGCUUUUAAUGAGUUCUUAGGUCAAAGGAAAAAACAGGAAGCUGAAGAAAGACGAAGUAAGCUGAAAAAAGCACGGGAAGAUUAUAAAAUGAUGUUGGAAGAGUCUCUAGAGCUGACAUCAUCUACAAGAUGGAGCAAAGCAGCAACCAUGUUUGAAAAUGAUGAGCGUUUCAAAGCUCUUGAGCGAGAAAGAGAUCGCAGGGAUCUGUUCGAUAAUCAUUUGGAGGAACUCAAACAGAAGGAACGAGUAAAGGCACAGGAGGAGCGCAAGUGUAAUGUAAUAGAGUAUAGGAAAUUUUUGGAGUCAUGUGACUUCAUUAAGGCAAGCAGCCAGUGGCGAAAAGUUCAAGACCGCUUAGAGGCUGAUGAAAGAUGUUCACGUCUUGAGAAAAUUGAUCGACUGGAAAUUUUUCAGGAAUAUUUACGUGAUUUAGAGAAGGAAGAGGAGGAACAAAGGAAAAUACAAAAGGAAGAACUGAGAAAGGCUGAGCGCAAAAAUCGUGAUGAGUUUCGCAAGUUGAUGGAAGGCCAUGUUGCUGAUGGCACUCUUACAGCCAAAUCUCAUUGGCGUGAUUAUUGCAUGAAGGUUAAAGAUUUGCCUGCAUACAUAGCAGUCGCAUCAAAUACCUCAGGCUCAACACCAAAGGAUUUGUUUGAAGAUGUUGCUGAAGAGUUGCAGAAACAGUAUCAAGAGGACAAAACUAGAAUGAAGGAUGCAGUGAGGUUGAAAAGGAUCACUUUGUUAUCAACUUGGUCAUUUGAAGAUUUCAAGGCUUCUAUUUUAGAGGAUGUUACCUCUCCUCCUAUAUCAGAUGUCAACUUAAAGCUGGUAUUUGACGAGUUGUUGGAAAGAGUCAAGGAGAAGGAAGAGAAAGAAGCUAAGAAACGUAAACGUCUAGCAGAUGAAUUUUUUGAUCUCCUACGUUCCAUCAAGGAGAUAUCUGUAUCUUCAACAUGGGAGAAUUGCUUACAACUUUUUGAGAGUAGUCGAGAAUUCAGUUCAAUUGGAGAAGAGAGCAUUUGCAGGGGAAUUUUUGAUGAAUAUGUAGCACAGCUGAAAGAACAGGCCAAAGAAAUUGAAGGGAAAAGAAAGGAAGAGAAGGCAAGGAAGGAGAAAGAAAGAGAAGAAAGAGAUAGGAGGAAAGUGAAGCAUGGAAGGGAAAAAGAGAGAGGACGGGAAAGAGAAAAAGAGGAUCACUUAAAGAAGGAUGGAACAGACAAUGAACAUGUUGAUUCUGAAAUUCAUUUCUUCAGUGAGAAAAAAUCGGGAAAAGACAAUGAUAAGAAACACCGGAAGCGGCAUCAAAGUUCUCAGGAUAACUUGAAUGAAAAUGAAAAGGAUCGAUCUAAGAACUCUCAUAGGCAUAACAGCGAUCGCAAAAAGUCAAGACGGCAUGCAUCGACACCUGAGUCAGAAGAUGAGAGCAGACAUAAAAGACAUAAGAGAGACCACCGUAGUGGUUCCCGCAAAAUUGGCGAUCAUGAAGACCUUGAGGAUGGGGAAUUUGGUAGGGAGGGUGAAAGUCGGUAGUUAUUUCAUCCUGCCAAUUUCUCAUUAUUUUUCAUUUUUUGAAAGCCUUUUUAAUGUAAUCAAUAGUUGAAAGAUAUUUGUUUGUGAAUCAUACUCAAGUACAAGACUUGCAGUAUAUCGUGGUCAGUAAUUUGCAGUAGAUUGUAGGUUAGGCAGCUAAUAUUCUGUCUAAUAGUGAUUUUUGGUUUUUAAUAAAUUAUCUAUAGAUAUAUCUUAUUACUUAUAGAGCUUC